CUCCUUGUGACCUUCUUUCCAAAAUCAGAAAAAUCUCACUUAAUUUCCCUCCCUGGCCUUCGCCAUUUCUCUUAUCCAACGUUUUUCCAUCUCGGAAUCUUAAGGUUUGGUUUCUUAAAAUUCUAAUGGAGUGGAAGCAAAGGUUGCCCUAGAAGAUGAAGCAGGAAGUUGUAUUUCUCCGACAGCAGUGGCCUUGAGAUGGAUAUGAAUUUCGGUGUUGAUUCUUCCCCGUCUCCUUCCAGAUGGAGAAAAGUUGCAUACGGAGGGAUGCAACCUGGUUACGACGACAAUCACACGGAUGAAACUUUCCUGGAAGACAUGGUCAUGAACGCUAAUGUCGUUAAACGGAAUAUGCUUAAGGUGAUGCAAGAUUCGGUUUCCAUCUCCCAAUAUCUAUGCAUCGUUGCUCUUGUAGUCUUGGUAUGGAUCUACACCCUUAGGUCAACCCUCAACGAAAACUCCCUCUUGCUUCUUGAUGUAAGCCUUCUUGGUUCCGGUUUCAUAAUCCUCGUAUUAACCGAAGAGAUGCUCUCCCUCAAACGUCUUUUGAACUAUGUCCUUAAUGUUUCCUUCUUCACAACUGGAUUGUUCGUGUUAGCUCCGAUAUACCAAACAUUAACAAGGUCCAUCAGCUCGGAUUCCAUAUGGGCCGUAACCAUUUCACUUCUCUUGCUCCAUCUUUUCCUACACGACUACUCCGGCUCCACGAUAAGACCUUCAGGGGCUCUCAAGAAUCCUAACUUAACCAGCUGUAUUUCCUUGAACGCGUCCAUCGUCGCUUCGGUUUUCAUAGCGUCCCGAUUACCCUCCCGAGUACAUGUUUUCGCAACCAUGCUAUUCUCCUUGCAAAUCUUCCUGUUUGCACCACUGGUCACCUACUGCAUCAAGAAGUACUCUUUCAGGUUGCACCUUUUGUUUUCUUUGGGGUUAAUGGCUGUCACUUUAACAUUUGUCUAUAGCCUUCAUUGCCUGCUUUCUGUGUUAUUGGUGGGAAUUUUGAUCUUUGUUAAUGUGGUUUGCCCUUACUGGCUUAUAAGGAUUCAAGAAUACAAGUUUGAGAUUAAUGGCCCAUGGGAUGAGGCUAAGCUCUGCUUUGAUAUUACAGAUUGAAAAUUUACCGAUGCCAAUUUGAUUUCUAUGUUACUCGAACUCGGGUUUUGAAUAUUGGUACAUGAUAUUAUGUUUUUAGCUAUGUAUUUAGAGCCUUGGAAAGGUGGUAUCUUAGUAUCCAUGUACACAUGUUGUA